GAUACAGAGUUAGAUUGUUUAUUAAACUAUAUUGAAUAUUUACUUUCAGAUUUCGCUACAUUGUGGUGAAAUAAGUAAUCCAGAAGAAGUAAUUCAAAUGCUACAAUUCAAACCAGAUAGGAUUGGUCAUGGGACAUGUAUUCACCCAAAUUUUGGUGGUACUAAACAAACUUGGGAGGCGCUAUGUACAUCAAAAAUUCCUGUUGAGGUUUGUCUUACCAGUAAUGUAAAUACAAAAUCAGUUGCAGAUUAUUCUUCACACCAUUUUAAAUACUUACUUAGUAGUGAUGUUCCAGUUAUUCUUUGUACCGAUGAUAAAGGAGUUUUUGCUACAUCUCUGACUCAAGAAUAUAGUAUUUGCAUCGAUACAUUUAAAUUGGAUAAAGCCGAGCUAGCUAAAUUAGCUCUUAAUUCUACAAAAUUUAUUUUUGCGACAGGCAAGCAGAAAUUACUUUUUGGUAGAAUACUAAAUUUUAUUGAUGAAAAUGAACAUUGAGAAUUGGAAAAAAUAAGGGUUACAAACUACGACAAAUAAAGUAAAGAAUAAGUUGAAA